CCCAGCAGUUAUCAUUACAGGUGUGUUGCUUUGUAUGGGACCUUCCUACUCCACACCCUCCGAAUAAACGUGAGUUGGGAGAGGCAAGUCCAGGACCAAAUUCCCGCAAUCUGCUAAACUCCCGCGCGGAUCUUGUAUUGGUCCAAUGAGCGGACGUAGCGGGCUCCUUGGGGUUGGGCGUCCGGGGCGGCGGGGGCGAGGGCUCCGCCCCGGAAGGCGGGGGCGGGGGCGGGGCCGGGGCUGGAGGUGCUGGCCACGCAGCGCGGGGAGCAGACUGCGGCUGCCGCGGGACGCGUACCAUGGCUGUGGGCUGGUUGCGCUGGCUGCUGAGGCUCCUCGUGCUGGGGCUUAUGCUGGCGCUGCCGCGCGCUGCGGCUGGAGAGCAGGCGCCAGGCACCGCCCCCUGCUCUCGAGGCAGCUCGUGGAGCGCGGACCUGGACAAGUGUAUGGACUGCGCGUCGUGUCCCACUCGACCGCACAGUGACUUCUGCCGGGGCUGUGCUGCGACCCCACCUGCCCCUUUCCAGCUGCUUUGGCCCAUCCUUGGGGGUGCCCUGAGCCUGGCCCUCGUGUUGGCGCUGCUUUCUGGCUUCCUGGUCUGGAGACGGUGCCGAAGGAGAGAGAAGUUUACCACCCCCAUAGAGGAGACUGGUGGAGAAGGGUGUCCUGGUGUGGCACUGAUCCAGUGACUGGGUCCCCCCCACCUGGAGCCUCACCCACUCAUCAUUCAUUCAUUCUUCUGGAGCCAGCCUCUGCUUCCCAGACAGACCCAGAGCCAGACCCAUAGCCAGGCCUCCUCCAGCCACAAGGGGGAAGAGUUGUGAAUCACCCCGGAGGUUGGGCCCAGGGUUCAGGGGAGGCUUCCAAGGUGUCUGAUUGCCCUGUCUGGCUCCAGGACAGAAAAAGGAGCCUCAUGCUACUCACAGUAAGAAACUGCAGCAUUUGCACAAGGGGGUCUCCCUGUCCCCCUGAUGUCUUGGAGGCCAGGCUGACCCAAAGGUUAGACAUAACACUAAGCCCCACCCACUCAGAUGGACUGAAAUGGGGGCAGGAGUCAGCCUGGGGCAAUUAGGGACCUGUUUUUAACACUAGAGGGCUGGCCCUCUAGGAGGGCUGGCCCUAAGAUACAAACCCCACCCCACCCCCACCCCCAAAGAGGGGUAGGAGAUAUUUAUUUUGGGGAGAAAGUUUGGAGGGGAGAAUUUAUUAAUAAAGAAUCUUUAACUUUAAA